AUGUCGAAACAGUUAGUCUACAGUCAAUUUGGAGAUCCUCUGUGUGUUGUAAAGCUCCGAGAGUGUGCUAUAGCACAACUAGGGGACUUGGAAGUACUCGUGAGAAUGCUAGCUGCCCCCGUCAACCCAUCCGAUAUAAACACCAUACAAGGAAAGUAUCCAGUGAAGAUUAAUCUACCAUCAAUUGGGGGUAAUGAAGGUGUGGGAAUUGUUGAAGAUGUUGGCAAAAAAGUUGAAGGCAUUUGUCCAGGAAACAAGAUUAUUAUUACAAAACCUGUUCAGGGAACUUGGAGGACCUAUGCCACAUUCUCUAAAGAUGUAGUCAGGGUCGUCCCUGAUAAUUUAGGACUAGUUGAGGCCGCCACACUUACUGUCAAUCCCUGCACAGCAUACAGAAUGCUGACUGAUUUCGAACCGGUCAGAAAUGGACUGGUUGUCAUCCAAAAUGGAGCCAAUGGUGCUUGUGGACAAAAUGUGAUCCAGCUAUGUAAAGCUUGGGGUGUCAAAAAUAUUGCUGUUGUUAGAAAGAGGCCAGAUAUAGAUGACCUAAAGAAAUUUCUGGAAGUUCUUGGUGCUACUCAUGUUCUCACUGAAGAGGAGUUAAGGCCCACAACUAUAUUCAAAGAUAAAGUUAUUGCCAAACCUACUUUGGCUCUCAAUUGUGUUGGUGGAAAGAGUACCACAGACUUGUUGAGGCACUUGGAACAUUCUGGCACCAUGGUGACCUAUGGAGGCAUGUCACGAAAACCAGUCACAAUACCAACUGCUGCAUUUAUUUUCAAGAAUUUGUCAUUUUUGGGAUUCUGGAUGACAAAAUGGAAUGAAAAGGCUGAUAAUAAGGCAGCCAAAGAAGAAAUGAUGUGUAAUAUUGUUAAUUUGAUGUGUGAACAGAAAUUGAAAGGUCCAGUUCACAAACUGGUCAAAUUGGAUAACUUCCAGGAAGCCAUUGGCAAUGCCCUGUCAUCAAAAGGAUUCACUGGAUGUAGGAGACCCGUCCUCGAUAGGCUUCCUUGA